UUGUUGGUAAAAUAAUCCCGAUCCAGAAGAGUCCCGUGUUUAGAAGUGGUUAUAUUAUUUGUUAAAUGUAAAUUUUUGUUUUCGCAUACCAUCAAAAAGUGACAUAUGCUGGAAUGUGUUUGUUAUUAGUAGAAUGAGUUUGUCUAAUUUUAAACUCAAGAUUUAGUUUCGUUGUUCAAAUAUAAUUAUACCGCCCUAAACUUAUUUCCUGUGCAAUAGCGGUGAACUUUCCGUGGUGUAAAACUAGACUAGCGUUGAGAGUUGAAUCGAACAGUUACAUAUUCUCCCUUGAAAAACGUUUUGAGCUUGCUGUAGCUUUUUUAUAAAAAUUAAUGGUUCAACUUGGAGGAAGGGGAAGUGUAGCAACUCUAACCUGAACAUAUUGGGACUGGAAGACAGUUUUUUUUUCAAAAUAAUUAUAUCAAAUUUAUGCAGUUUCGCCGUCUAGUGGAGAAUACCUAAUAUUCCCUCAGACUGGAGGGACAUCAAGUGCCUUCAGCUGUCUCGCCGUCAGAACCUGGAUCCGCUACGCUGGCUCCUUCUAGUUCUAGCUUAGAUAUGGAUGAUGUCAGUAGUAAACGCCAGGCUACAAGGGUUUUCAAGAAAAGCUCGCCCAAUGGCAAGAUAACGGUUUACUUGGGGAAGAGAGACUUCGUGGAUCAUAUAUCCCACGUGGAUCCAAUAGACGGUGUCGUUCUUAUCGACCCCGAUUAUGUGAAAGAUCGAAAGGUGUUCGGUCAUGUUCUGGCCGCUUUUAGAUAUGGCCGUGAAGAUUUGGACGUGUUGGGUCUCACAUUUCGUAAAGACUUGUACCUAGCGUCGGAACAAAUAUUUCCGGUUCAAGAGAAUUCCGCGCAAAACGCUAGACCUUUGACACGAUUGCAAGAACGGCUGAUAAAGAAACUCGGCUCGAACGCCUAUCCGUUUUAUUUCGAAUUACCACCACAUUGCCCCGCCUCCGUAACUUUGCAACCCGCUCCGGGUGAUACCGGAAAACCGUGCGGAGUUGAUUACGAGCUAAAGGCGUUCGUCGGCGAGUCCCAGGAUGAUAAACCUCACAAAAGAAAUUCUGUCAGAUUAGCAAUUAGAAAAAUAAUGUACGCACCGAGUAAACAAGGCGAACAGCCGUCGGUGGAAGUAAGUAAAGAAUUCAUGAUGAGUCCGAACAAAUUGUAUUUGGAGGCGUCUUUAGACAAGGAGUUGUAUCACCACGGCGAAAAUAUUGCGGUUAACGUUCACAUAGCGAACAAUUCGAAUCGCACCGUUAAAAAGAUCAAAGUGUCAGUUAGGCAAUUCGCCGAUAUUUGUUUAUUUUCGACCGCGCAAUACAAAUGCACAGUGGCCGAAACUGAAAGCGAGACCGGUUGUCCGAUACCCCAGGGAUACACCUUGAAUAAAAUAUUCACCUUAAGGCCGUUACUGGCCAAUAAUAAGGACAAAAGGGGUCUGGCUUUAGAUGGCCAACUAAAGCACGAGGAUACCAAUUUGGCCUCCUCCACUAUAGAGGGGUGUCCCAUAGGUCCCGGUUUCACGCUCAGCAAAGUGUUCACCUUGACACCCCUACUGGCGAAUAAUAAGGAUAAGUGGGGCCUAGCUCUGGAUGGUCAGUUAAAGCAUGAAGAUACAAAUCUUGCUUCGAGCACUUUAGUAGCCGACGCUUCGCAACGAGAAAAUUUGGGUAUCAUUGUCCAAUAUAAAGUUAAAGUUAAGCUAUGCCUCGGAGCCCUUGGAGGAGAUUUGGUAGCCGAACUUCCAUUUAUAUUGAUGCAUCCGAAGCCUGAGGAAGAGCCAGUCGCUCCUUUGAGCGUAACACCAUCCCGCAGAGUUAGCAAAGAUGGCGAAUGUGAUGUCCCCGUCGAUACGAAUUUGAUUCAAUUAGAUGCGGACGAGAAUAAUUUGCAAGAUCACGACGACGACAUAAUUUUUGAGGAUUUUGCCAGGCUUCGGUUAAAGGGUGGAGAAACUGAUGCAUGAAAAUUGAUCCGUGCCAAGGUCGCCGAUCCGUGCGUACCGACAUUUUUGUUGUCUCAAAAUGGGCAAUGAAUUUUUAAAAUUUUGUCGGCACAGUGUGUACCCUAGUCAUCAACUGUUAACGGUUGCAACCAAAAGAAUCAUAUUGUGUGUUGGAAACAACUGUUUUGUUGUUCUUCAUGUGUAUAAAUGUCCCACAUUUAAUGUAUUACAAAAAAAAAUGCUUUCUCGUUUUACGAAUUUUUGAAUUUGGGACCUUUGUGUGGUGGUAAAAUGUAUUAGGGUGUAUAACAGAGGGAAAUCGUAUAUUUUGGACUUGGUAGAGAGAUGUUUUCAAGUAAAAGUUACCUUUCAAGAUUUUUUAUACAUAUUUAAAGAUUUUUCUAGGAGCUCGACUUAACUUCAAAGCACCUGCUUCAGUUUUUGUAAACUAAAAAGACUGAUAAACAUGUUUAACAGUACACUGUGGUUUCUAGAUAUCGAUUUUUUGGUUAUGAUCUUUCAAUUAUCAAAUAAAAAUAAUUUUUAUUUUCGCGUUUUAUUGUAUCGGAUUUGUUUUACGUGUUUAAACAUGCAAACCUGGUUUCGUACGGUUCGGAUUGUUUUUUAAGCACACCGGUAUGAUUUGUUUGCCAAAAUUUGGGUUUCUGAAACGACAGUGCAAUGUGAAAUGGCUAUUGAAGAAUGGUUCAGGGUACAAGUUAGGCCACCUAAAUGCAACUUUAAAACAGUUCAUUUUGUUACAACGCUUCUUAUUGAAUAACUGAUAGGGGUGGUAUAACCUGUGCCAAUUGUCCUAAUCUAAGGCAACGAAUUUCUUAAAUGACUUAAUUGGUAUACAAAUGUUUAUUUAUUUUUAUUAAUUUUGAGAAACAUUAUAAAAAGCUUGAUGUUUAUAAUUUAUUUUCUACUAUAGUACAGAUACUUACAUUUUAAUCGUCCAAAAACUUAUGUAGGUCAAAAGUACAAAUAGGUUCUUAUGAUUUUAAAAUUAUAUUGUCGUGUUGAUAAGUAUGAUAUAUAAAUAUGUUGGAAAGAAAUGCGAAUAUCGUGGUACAGAAGAUUUUAUUCUUGUCUUGAACAAGUUUAGCCAAAGUUAUUUAAAAACGCUUAUUGUCAUUGAAUAAGGUGCUUUGAUUUUAAUUUAAAGGCUUAAUAUUGACACUUUUAACUAUUGUGGUUUUAAAAAUAUCUUGUAAGGGUUAAAUUGAAAAAUAUUGUGUAAUUUGUCCACUUUUCUCAGAUUCACGCGGUAAUUCUGCUGCAUUUACGCCUAUUUACUAAAGCAGAAGCAGAAAUUGUCCGAAUCUGAGCGUUUACAGCUUACAGCAAGCGCUUGUCUAGGUGGAUUUUGAAAAAAUUGUACUGACUUUAUUGAAACAUUUUAUAUUACUUUUUUAAGAAGCACUUUUAUACUCGGCUGAGAAACAGCUUAACAUGUAUUUGUCACGUAAUUGAAAAUGUAUUAAUAUUACUGCAGUACUUUAUAAAUGUUACUAAAUAGAGUGAGAAUAAAAGAUUGAUCUUUAUCCUUAUCUACCAAAGCUCUUAGCACACAUCGUUUGAAGUGGUAGGUACCGUGUGUGUACGGUUUUGUCAGCAACGUAAGUUUUUUACAGUAAGCAUAAAUUGCAAAUUUUCAAUAGAGUGGCACCUAUUCUAUAAAUGCAGGAAUGUCGGUUCCAUUUUUUGUGAUGCCAGAGAGUUUACCCUAUCGCCAGUUCGUGUAGCUCUCUACAUUGACUGACACAUUUGCUAUGCUGCUGGAAGAAAAUGGUUAUAUAUUAAAACUACCAAAUACUAAUUUAAAAAGCGUACCUAGUGUUUGGGUAAUAAAAUUGCUGUUACCUGUAGUGAGUAACUAGCAUAUAAUUUUAGUGUCAGUGUAUUUUAAAAAAAAAAUCAGAAUUAUCGUGGCUAAAGCUUGUCUGGUUAAUUUUUAUAAAUUAUCGCAUUUGCCCCUUGGGGCAUCGAGAUUUAUUUUGAAACCAGGGGAAAAUAUUUAUCACUAUGCAAUUUUACGCUUAAUUCGCCUCAUUUAUUUAAUUAUUACUCGCGAUAUCGUGCAACCCAUAAGUUGAAAAAGAAAAGUUUUAUUGAUUUUGCGCGGUGUCAAAUCAGCAAGUUUUUAAUUGGGAUAUACGCAAUGGUUUCAAAAAAUUUAGCCAUUGGUUAUAGAAAAUAGAAAUUCAUUAAUGAAUAUCGCCCCUUUUUUAUUACUAAUGUGAUAUAUUUUUAACUAAUUACUUAAGCCGAAUUAAAUCACCGAACAUUUCUCUAUAAAUAUAUUUUUAGCACAUGGUGCCUUGUGAUAAAUAAAUUUUCUUCAAAUUUUCGUUUUGUAUCUGCAAUAUGAUUUCGCGCUUGGUUUUACGUUACUAAAGUUUGCAAGUUCAUUGCCGAAAUUCUCAUAAAGUAACGUUAACUUUCGAGAGGCGAACGGAAAAAAUAUUUUCUGAACACUGCAGAUCUCAUAGCGUUGCUUUGAAAGUGGGAAAGUAAUCAUUAUUUGCAUGUAUCCUUAAAAUUCGCUGAUUACUAGUCUCUGUUCGUAAAGGAUAUAUCUUUAUCGCAAAAAUUGUCAAUUGAUGAUGUCUAUAUUACUAAGUUAGCCAUUUUUAUUUUUAGAAGUUAUAGUAUAUUGUUCGUAUAUAUAGAAAUAUCUUAUUUAUUAUUUUUAAUAAUAAAAUGUGUAAUUAU